CUUCCUGCCGCCGCCUCGGCAGAGCCGCCAGCGCCAUGGAGCGGCUCCGGCUCCCGCGGCUCCUGGCCGCCGCAGUGAUCGUGGAGUGCUGUGCACGGCUCUGCCCCGGUCUCGGCGGUGGGAUGGGCUCCGCGCUGGGCACUGCUGUCCCCUGCGCCCACCCAGGGACCGCGGCGGGGGAGCGCUGCCAGACAGAUCCGGAGCGAGGAGCUGGCACAGGGCAGGCACCGAUGCCGGAGGCCGCAGGGCAGCUGCAGACAGAAGCUGAGCUGCUGCCCUUCCCUGGGACCCCCGUCAGGACUGCUGAGCCCCCCAGCCCCCAGGGGAGCCCUGCAGGCCCCCAGGCAGACGGGGAGGGCACAGGGCCCACGGUGUGGGGUGGAGCAGCCACCGAGCGUCCAAGGCCCCUGUUAUCCGGAGGCACCACUGAGCAGGCAGCUGCAGGCAGCAAGUGGCCAUCUCCAGCCAGCCUGGGGGUGACCAGUGUGGGGGCCACAGCCCCCAUGGAACCAGAUGCAGCUCCUACCACUAGAUACCCCCCCGGGACUGACCCUGUAGGAAAUGUGACGGUGGAAGGUGCCACAACCUCGCAGGGGACCCCGUCGUAUUCACCAUCCUCGACAACGGUGCUCGGUUCUGCCAGGGGACAGCGGGGAUCCCCCAGCACCCUGCUGGGAUGGACCCCCAUGGGGACAGCACUUGUGCAGAGCCAGAGGGGCUCACAUGGCCCCUUGUUCCCGGAGCUGCUGGCUGGGGAGGGCCUGGGAGCCACCAUCCCGCUGGGUGACAGCAGCCCAGGGACACACUCAAGCAUCACGCUGGCCACAGACAGUCCAGUGCCAGGGACAACUGGGACAUCACCCUUUUCAGGGGGGCUGCAGAGGCUGCUGACCCCUACAGGGCCACUGGCGGGGACACCGGGGCCAGCAGAAAGAUGGGUCUCUGACUCCCGCCCGUGGCAUAGGAUGGAUGUUUCCUGGCAGGGUCCUCGUUCUCCCCCUCACCCCUCUCCAUCAUCCCUGGCGGCUGGUGGCCGUGGGGGCCCUGUGGCCGGCACAGCCCAGCCAGCCAUGGGGACAGACCCAACCUCGCUCCCUGCCACAGGCAAGGGGUCGAGUCUUCUUGUCCCCACCACCAUGGCUGGCACCCCAGGGAUGACAUCCCCCAGCCAGGGGGGAGCCCUGGAUCUGACCACCCGGGUCUUAGGGCCACCCGAGAAGGAGGGUCCCUCUGAGUACAGCCACGUCCCCCUGGACCAGACCAGGCGUCUGCCAGUGGUGUCGGGGCAGCCCCCCACCUCCAUGGCCCCGGGCACCUCUGCUGUGGCACAGAGCAGGGUUCCACACACCAGCACAGGGUCCCCCCGUGUCCCCCCAUCCCCACGGCCUGCCCCAAUUGGUGGCUCUGCAGUGCCCACGUUGCCGACCCCACAGCCCUCUCCAGGGACUGGCUGGGGUGUCCUGGGACUUGGCCCCACUGCGGGCACCCCCCCGGGAGACCCGUCCCCAAGGGUCGGGCUGCGCCAUGCUGGCUCAGGGGGGGAUCCUGCUGAGACCCCCCAAAUCCGGGGGGGAACCCCGGUGGGGGUGGGUGACACUGGGCCCUGGGCAGCAACUGCUCAGCUGAGCUGGCAGCCGGGCAGCCUGGCCCCCCCCUCAGCCUCUGGGCCCCCUCGGCUGUCAGCUCUGUCCCAGCCUGCGUCUUCCCUGGAGCCGACCACCACUAUUGGCGUCACCACCACUAUCAGCGUCACCACCACUAUCGGCGUCACCACCACCGCUGUCACCGCCACCACCACCAUCACAGCCACCACUGCCAGCCCAGCACUGCUCAGGGACGUGGGGACCGUCACGCCAGAGCCUGGUGCUGCUGUAUUGCAGAGUGAUGUGACGGGGCUGAUGUGGGGGUCCACCAUGAAGCCAGGGCACCCCCAGCAGCCCACCAAUCCCUCUGGGACCCUGGGCCAUGGUGGGGGCCCUGGGUCCCCUCCAGCUGCUGCUGACACAGACCUGGUCCAGCCAUCGAGCAGCCCCGGAGGGUGGCCGGAUGCUGACACUCCCCAAGUGACACCGGCUGCAACAGGCAGGGCCCCCCAGGUGUUCAUCGUGGAGGAUCAGCCGCCCCUCCUGAGAGCAUCCCUCCUCCGCAUCCCCUGCGAGCUGGUGCUAGACAUGGGGUUCAUCCCUGCCCUGCAGGACCCGGGCUCCCGCGAGCAUCGGGAUCUGCUGCACAGCUUCAACCGGACGGUCGCGCCCCUCUUCAUGUCGGUGCCCGGGUUCCUGCGGCUGGAGGUGACGGGGAUCCGGGAGGGCAGCGUGGUGCUGGAGUACGACGCGGUGCUGGCGGCGGAGCGGGUGCCGGCGGCGGGGCUGGGAGCGCUGCUCGACGCCGCGCUGGGCUCCGGCCGGGCGGGGCUGGCGGUGGGCUCUGCCCCCGUCCUGCGCAACGUGGCUCGGGAGCGGCCGCUGGACCCCUGCGCCGCGCUCUUCGCCUGCCGGGCCGGCUUCGCCUGCGUGGCCGGGGCGGACGGGAACGCCACCUGCACCUCCCUCUGCCACCGCGGCUACUGCAAGAACCACGGCAUCUGCGCCCACCCCCGCGACCGCGGGCCCCUCUGCCAGUGCCCCGUCGGCAGCGAUUUCUGGUUCAUGGGGCUGCGCUGCGACUACCGGGUGACGCAGCAGAGCCUGCUGGGGGCGGCGGCGGGGGUCCUGCUCAGCAUCCUCCUCCUGGCCGCCGUCCUCGCCGCCGUCGCCAUCCGCCGGUUCAAGGCGCUGCUGCUGGAGGCCAGGGCCGACCAGACCCGCAGCAGCUACCGGCGGUUCUGCCGGCUGGACGAUGUCUCGGCCCAGUACUGGUCGCGCUCCUGGUUGCCCUCGGCCAGCUCGCUGGACAACCCGGCUUUCAGCAACUCGGAGGAGCUGCUCCACUUGCAGAUCUUGGACAACGGCUGCUGCAGCUGCCGGGAAGACUCAGGCAUCACCGACAGCGCCAAGGAGCCCCCCGCGCCCCCCACCCACCCUGUGUGCCGGCCCAGUUUCCAUUAUGACUGGGACACAAGUUCCAGCAGCAUGAACGAUCCCAUGGUGGACUCAGGAAAAGCCAGUGACAUCUCAGUGUCGAGUUGGCCCAUGGAGCCCAUCCAGUGGACACCUUUUCCUCUCCUCCAUCAGCUUUCCAGGCAGCGACCGCACAAAGCCAGGCGGCCGCGCUCGUACUGCGAGGGGAUGGAGCUGGUCAACCUUGAGAGGAGCUGGACAGCCUGAAGGCGGCAGAGCAAAAACACAGGCACCAAGGUUCAGCUUUUAAAACCAACCACAUUUUAUUUCCACGUAACAAGCUCAGUGAAGGAAUUUCAAACACUUUGACAAUACAAUCAACGCAGGUGUGAUGUCAGUUCCACUCCAGGCAGAGUCCCGAAAGAUUAUCUGCCAACGUUUUCACCGCUGUUUCGGACCAGACUUCAGAAGCCAGCUUUGGCUUGGGACAGCGUAUUUCAUAGUAAGUAGUUACAGAUAAGUGUCUAGUAACACACAAUGCUGGCAUCCAACAGAGUUAAUGACUUACAUCCGGCAAUUUGAAAAUAAAGUCUAACAGAUUUUUGAAGUCACAUCAUACUAUGUACAUAUAUGGUCUGCCCUAUAGCCAUUUCAGAACAAGCUAAGCCACUGUGAAAAGUGAGAUACAAAUUAAGCGCUGCUGCAUUGUUCAUCAUGAUUAAUGUAAAUGAGGUAUAAAUUUAAACACCAGUACGUUUUAAGCAUUAAAGUUUAUUUUCCAAAAUGCUC